UUUUCUAAUAAUCAAGCAAUCAAAGCCAUUAUCCCUUCUCUAAUUGGGCUGUGCUUGGUACUCGCAAUAAUUUCCCACAACUGGCGCCUUGUUAUUCCGGAUCCUUCCUAAUUUAAACGCGCAGGCAAAGGAGAAGCGGCUGUUAAGACAGCUCCUUAGUUCUCUGCUAGUCUCACCAAAAACUCAAACCAGUACAAGCCCACACCAUGGAAGACAACGGGGAGCCUUUAACCGGGGGGAAUAGCAAAAUCACGCGAACUGUCUCGAACGCCUAUGAUGAAUUUCAUAGCUUCAGAUCAUACCUUCGAUGGAUGUGCCUGGAUCAAUCCAAUAAAGGGUUGAUUUGCCUUUCUUGGUUCAUGUUCAUUCUCUUUGCCAUUGUCGUCCCUGCAAUCUCCCAUUUCGUGUUGGCCUGUGCCUCCUGCGAUAGCAAGCACACAAGGCCUUAUGAUAGCGUCGUGCAAUUGUCGUUGAGUAGCGUCGCCACUUUGUCUUUCGUUUGUUUGUCGAAAUUUAUUAGGAGUUAUGGGCUGAGGAGGUUCUUGUUCUUCGACAAGCUCUGCGAUGAGAGCGAGACUGUGAGAAACGGGUACAUGAAUAAGCUCAAUAGGUCAUUGAAGCUUCUGUCAUUCUUCGUCGUCCCAUGCUUCAUUGCAGAAUCUGCGUACAAGAUAUGGUGGUAUGCCUCCGGUGCCUCUCAAAUACCAUUCUUGGGCAAUGUCAUCCUAAGCGACACCGUUGCUUGCAUAAUGGAGCUGUGCUCUUGGCUUUACCGUACCACUAUCAUCUUCUUAGUGUGCGUCCUCUUCCAUCUUAUCUGCCACCUCCAGAUCCUACGCCUCCAGGACUUCGCUCAGGUUUUUCAAGUUGAUUCCGAUGUCGAAUCUGUGUUAUCGGAGCACCUUAGGAUCAGGAGGCAUUUGAGGAUCAUCAGCCAUAGAUAUCGAGCAUUCGUUUUGUGGGCCCUCAUUUUGGUCACAGGGAGCCAAUUUGCUUCCUUGCUCAUUACCACCAGGUCUGGUGCUGCUGUUGAUAUUUACAGAGCUGGAGAACUUGCGCUAUGCUCUAUAACCCUUGUCACGGGGAUCCUGAUAAUACUGCGGAGUGCUACAAAAAUCACACACAAGGCUCAAGCUGUUGCUUGCUUGGCUGCUAAGUGGCAUAUUUGUGCGACAUUAGACUCAUUUGACGCAACAGAAGGUGAGACCCCAAGGACUCCACUGAUGAUCACCGCCGAUGCAGAAUCAGAAGGUGAUGAUGCCGGCGACGAAGAGGAUGAGUUAGAUAACACUAAGUUGAUUCCUGCAUAUGCAUAUAGUACCAUCUCAUUUCAGAAGAGGCAAGCUCUAGUGACAUAUUUUGAGAACAAUAGAGCUGGGAUUACGGUAUACGGCUUCACACUGGAUCGGAGUACACUGCACUCCAUUUUCGGCGUUGAGUUAGCUCUAGUUCUAUGGUUGCUGGGAAAGACUGUCGGCAUUUCUUGAGAAAUAGGGUUUACCAUGUGAAUGUUUAAUUAUCUGGCGAUCCUCCGAUAGGCUUGUUAGAUGCAGUGCGAGAGAGAUUGUAUCAUUGCAUUUAUGUUUCGGUGUUUUUUUUUUUUUUAAUUUUUUUAUUUUGCUCAUUAUGUGCGAUAUUUAUCUUAUUUUAUUAAUUCAUUAAUCGGAUGUCACCUUAAA